AUGGCUGUCAUAUCAGCAAUUGGUCUAUUGCUGCUGUUCAACGUCCCAUUCGUUGAUAUUGUGAUAAUUAUGCCAUUUCUUAGCCUCACAGUUGGUAUCGACGAUACAUUUUUGAUGUUAGCUGCUUGGCACGAAACAAAUUCAAAUUUGUCCGUUGAGGAACGGAUCAAAGUAUCCAUGCAACAUGCAGCUGUAUCAAUCGCUAUAACAUCGGUUACCGAUAUUACAGCUUUUCUUAUUGGUUCUAUUACGCCAUUACCAGCUGUAAUCUAUUUCUGCUACUAUUCUGCUGCAGCAAUAGCUUUCAAUUUUUGUUAUUCUUUAAGCGCUUUUGUCGCAUUUUUGGCGAUUUUUGGACGACUGGAAGAAGCAUGUCGGAACAAUUUGUUUUAUGUUAAAACAACUCCUUUAAACGAAUACGCAACUGCUACGAGACUGCAGAAAAUCUUCAAUAUGACUGGAUCUAAAUGUGGAAAUAAUUCUAAGAAAGUAUGCAGUAAUGCUGAGAUGAAAUCGUGCAACACUGAACUUGGAUACCGUCAAUUCAUCAGAAAUUAUUAUGCGCCAUUUCUUGCAUGCAGGACAAUUCGAAUUAUUGCAUUUAUUUUGUUUAUUAUUUAUUUUCUCAUAGCAAUAAUUGGGAUUAAAAAGUUGAAAGUUGGAUUUGAUGUAACCAAUCUUCUUAGAGCUAAUUCAUCAGCCAAAAAAUUUCUGGAGCUACGAGCAGAAUUUUUCAAUUACAAAAUGCCGGCAGUUGAAAUAGCAGUAAUGAAACCGCCCGAUAUGUCACAAAAAAGUGACAGGAUUAGAUUUUUGAAAGUUGUGGAAGAAUUUGAAAAUACCACUUGCAGUAGUGGAAGGCAUACAACAGAAUUUUGGUAUUUUGCUUACAAAGAUUUUAUCAAUGAUCUUGGAUUUGGUGCUCAGUCUUGGGAUGUUUUACAAAAUAAUAAAGAGGAAUUCGAGAAAAAUUUACAGCCAUUUUUAUUGGCUAGUGAUAAAUAUCGUUAUGAUAUUUUAUUGCGUGACAAUGGAACCAUACAAGCAUUUCGAAUGUCCACUCAAAUUGUUGACAUACCGAAAUAUUCUUCACAGUUAGUUAUGCAAUGCGCUGAACAGAUGAGAAGCAUAGCAAAGCGAUACGAAACACAAUAUAAUAUUACAACAUAUUCUCUUUUAUGGCAAUUAGCUGAUCAAUUGAACGUAAUUUGGCCUCAAACGUUGCAGGAUUUAUUCAUUUCUGUUGUGGUUAUUAUACCAAUUUCAUUACUGGUAAUUCCUCAACCAUUUUGCGCUCUUGCAAUUGCAUUAACAGUAGGAUCAAUUGCUUUGGGAAUAAUGGGAUUUAUGACAUUUUGGAAUGUCAAUUUAGAUGCUAUUUCAAUGAUAACAAUUGCAAUGUCUGUUGGAUUUAGCGUUGAUUUUGCAAUUCAUAUUACUUAUAGUUACAUAUCACAAACUGAUAACCAAUCAAACAAUAAAAAUAUUCCAUAUAAGCAAUUAAGUGGAACAUUAGAAACCGUUGGUUGGCCUAUUUUGCAAGCAUCGAUAUCUAUUUUACUUGGCAUUUUACCAUUGGCUACAAUAAAUUUGUAUAUUGUGAAAGUAUGCUUCAAAACUGUUAUGCUAAUUAUCGUUAUCGGCACUGUGCAUGCACUUCUAUUUCUACCCUUGUUUCUAAUGCAAAUUCAUGCAUUUUAUUUGUGGUUUAAGUCAUGUCGAACAGUGAAAUAA